UGUAUGGAGAGCGCCCGCACUAUGACGUGACGAUAAAGCUGUAGACCUCAGUCUUUCAAAUCCGUUUUUACAUCCUUAUUUGACAGUACUGUCUGGUUUUCGGAUAUUCAUGAGGCAAUUUCCAGUUAGGCAAGAGAUCCAUCCUACGGGUUGAUAGAUAGCGAGAGCACACCUUGUCAUUUUGUGAUAAGGAGUGAGGUUAAUACACAGCACGAUAGACUACAUAAAUGAGGCUUAAUAAUUUUCUCGAAAGUCCUCGUCGUCAUUGGUUGACAUGAUUCAGCAAUUAGCUUACACUCGACAUAUUUCGUGAGAUAGUUUUUAAAUAUUCAUUUUCAACUUAUAGAGAGUUUUAAGAUCUUCUUAUUCGAGUUGAUGAAUUCUACCUUUUCACGCUUGUUUUGGUUUAUAUCUCAGUGAUGCAACAUAAACGCAAUAUUGCAAAGAAGACGGAUCGAGAGUGAGUGCUUGCUACUUUUUUUCAACUUAUAUAAGGAUCUAUAUUUUCGAAGAUUUUUCUUGUUGGAUAUCAUUUUAUUUUGCAAACGGUCAAGACGGAAUGAGAAUGUCUAUGUUGAGUUAAUACUGGAUUGAUAUUGAGUCCAAGAGAAUUCUUCAUGGAAAGUACAUUGUGAUUGUUUUGCAUAAAAGUGGAAUAAGCACAUUACCAACAUGUCCUGGUGUAUCGUCUUUAAACCAUGUCUGGUCAUGAUAUUUUACAUCCUGACCAAACGGGCAGAAGCUCAGCUACCAACAUUAGACGAAGCUCCAAUGAAUGCUACUGGUGUUGUAGGUAGUUCGGUAACAUUCGAGUGUACUGUUCGGAAUAAACAUAGUUAUAAUGUAAUUUGGGUAAAGAGACCGGAAGAUGGAACACUAACGUACAUCAGCAGAAAUUGGGAUGUCUUCGGCAACAAUCCUAAAUACGUCGUACACAAUGACGAAAACGAACCGAGUUUUCCCUUGGAGAUCUUCAACUUGGAGAUGUCUGACGCGGCAACAUAUGAGUGUCGAUAUGAACAUACUAGCCCACCAACCAAUGAACUAUUGGGCUCAGCAAUUUUAACGGUUGUUUCGGUUGAACCAAGCCCUUCUUGUCAGUAUGUGAGCGUACCAAGUUUAAACCAAACUGUAUGCGAUCUUCAUUGUGUGUGGUCGCCUGCUGCAGGAAAUCCUCCUGCGGAGAUCUUCAAGAAUGGACAAUUGGUGCCAAUCGAUUUUCAACUCAGCGAUCGGGUAAUAAGUCGACAAGCUCUGGCUAAUUUGUAUCAGUUAAACGACUUCGAAUGUCGAUGGACGUCUUUGACCACGGGUCAAAUCAACACUUGUCGAUAUCAGCAGAGCGCCCAAGCGCCCAUCAUCCUCGGCGUUGACCCAUUCGUAAACGGUGUUGCAGUGGGUCAAACAGCAAGAUUUGAAUGUCAAGCUGAACAUGUGUUUACAUCAUUCUCCAGCCAGGAAAUCACGUAUACAUGGUCGAUCACGAAAGAUGGACAGGUGAUCGACCUCGGGGAGCGUCAGAAGGGUCUUAUGAAACAAGCAAUGCGAAUAUUGAGCGUUGAACACGCGGAUGAUGGCGUGAUAGUGAUGUGCACUGCUCGUAGCGUAGACGGAGUCGCCCACGGCGCAGGGUCACUCUCAGUGUACCUACCGACAUCAGCAUCAACUCAGCCGACAUCUAAAUCGAAAUCGAUCACCACUCGCUACACAACUACCAGUGUAGCACCACGAAAGAAAGAACCCUUGAUGAAUUCGACGAUUUUAACAAUAAUCGCCGUCUUGUUGUUCUUGAUCAUCGUUCUAUGCGUAGUCAUCAUCGUUCUUGCGAAAUCGAAAACGCGACGUGAUAAGUGGAUAGCACUGGGUCGAAGUAUGAGCUCUAGAAGAAAACGCAGUAAGCGUGACAACCGUCAAGAUAAGGCUCAUCUCGGUGGAGACCAGGAGAUGAUCUUCGCCGACACAAACCCUGAUAUUAUUCGGGCUCACUCUACUUUGCCUCCUAUCUAUGCGAUGCCGGAUAAAUCAAGAAAAUCAAACACUAUGGACGGGGGCGCCAGGUAUCCCCCACGCCAUUACACCCCACGUCGACAAAGUUACGGUGGCCCUGAAUUCAGGGAAACUGAAUUUGCGGUUCAAACAUCCGACAUGAAACCCGGUCUCUAUUCGAAUCCGUAUGAAGACAUCGACAACGACGCCGUGAACGAUGCCAAGCAAAUGCGCGGCAAGUCACAUACUGUCUCCCAUUACUAUCAAGACUCAGCAUUGACGGGAUCGCCAAGACGGUACCGAGGAUAUGGUGGGAUGAAGUCAGCUGGGAGUGCGUCGAUGCUCUACGGGAAACCUGAAAAGCCACAGAGGAAUCAAAAGGGGUUGUCUUUGAAGAGUCGAAAGAGCUGGGACCAACCAGGCUCGAUCGAAAAUCUGUGCAACUACGCCGUUUCCGACACACGGUCUGUAAAGUCGUUCACCGGUUCUGUAUGCGACGGAGAUAGCUACGCCUGCGUUGACGAUGUCGAAGGGGGUACGGUGGUGUCAGAUUACAUGGACAUGAAUGCAGUUUUGAGUGACUCGACUUUAGAUGACAUGAAUGACAUAACGAGAGAAAGUGAACUUUCGGGAUACGACGAACCGCCGCUAUACGCACAAAUAACAAAAUAACUAAAUGAAUUAAAGUGAUUCCAAAAAUUGAACACAGGCAGGAAACUUGUUCGGACUCCUGACCUUUAAUUUGUGCCACUUAUUGGAAUGGUUUGGACCUAUACAUGUACAUGACUAAGUCUAGCUUACUGUGUAAACUCUUAUUCUUAUGAUGAUGAUGAUGAUGAUUAGAUAAAUGUGUUAUUGAUCGCACUUAUGUCGUUAAUUCGUUGAACGAAAUUUAUUAAUUCCAAAGGGAAUCGUACCUUUCAAUAUGUCAUUUUCAAUACGCAGCUUAGAUAUUUCAAAGGCUUUCUUAACCCUAACCAGAUCGGGCUUUUGGGGUGUUAUAUGAGAUUUCGGCUGUCCAUCGUGUGAACGCCGUGAAAAUUGGCAUGAUAAUAGUGUGGGAGGUAAUCUACAAGGCUGUGUGGUUAAUUUUCCCUAAAUAAUAAGAUUUUCUAUGAUUUAAUUAUGCUAAUUUAUGCGUAAAUAAUACUUUCUUGUUCUAAUUUACCAAAUAAGCUCCUAGAAUGCUAAAUGUUGGUGUUAAUAUUCGUUAUACCAUUUCUAACAAUUACAAAUAAAAAAAAUCUAGUUUGAAAAUGAAGUGAAUGAAAUGUAUUUUAUUGUUUUAUGAAUUUCUGAUGUAUUUCUAAUUUUACCUUUUGAUUUGCUUGUAUUUUCGCCAAAUUUAGGGUUAAGAUGCGCACGAUUUACGCAUGAUUGAUAAUCCUGUUCUUGUCUGCUCUUAGAUGUUCUCUUGGGUUUUAACAAAAAGUAUGGGAUUUCUUUCAGACCUAAUCAAAUAUAAACCAAUGAAACUUACUCGCAAAUCCUCAAAAUUCCAAUUAACAAAGCUCAGAUUACAGGAAAUAAGAAUGUGGCGUAUCAAUCAAAAGUUUACACUUUGAAAAAGUCUUGGGAAUCGAAUAAGAUACAUGGGAAUAUUUUUUCACAUAAUAAUCUUUGGUUCGUGUCUUAUCUAUCAAAUGAAAGUAAAAAUAUUGCAAUGAGAGAGCACUGUCCAUUUUUGUAAAGCUCGCAAAAUUUGGUUUGCGCGGGAAACGGCGAAAACAUAUUGACCGUGCGGUACAUUUCUCAUAUUUUUCUUUUGCAUUGUCAGCCAACUGAAGUAAAAACAGUUAUAUUCUAACAUUUUAUAACAAAUUUGCUACCCAAAUUAAUAGUUUAACCCUAGGUAAGCACAACCUUUACCUUUUUUGCGCCAUCUGGAUCUGAUGAUAUAACUGAAUGUAAACAAAAGUUUAUUUCAAACAUCUCCAGCAUUUUUUUUACUAAGUUUUUAUCAUUUAAAUUGGGUUUACAGUUCUUUUUUUUUCAUUGAGUACUUGUUUCUUCACACUUUUCACAAGCAUGACAUUGAGUUACAGAAGGAAAACCAAGCCUAUAAGCCAUUUCAUGUGAACCAGUGCUCCGUGUAAAGCAGAUAUCAUCACGAUGGUCUCAGUGUGUGUGGGGGUCGCAUUGGCACUCGAUGGAGUGUUUUGGGGUUUUGGACAAGGAAACAAGUUAAAAAGGUAAAUUUAUCUUUUAAGCUAAAGUCCAUGUGUUUUUCAUGAUUAAUGUCUACUUUUAUCCCUAUAACUAUUUCCAAGUUCUGUGCAAAUCAUUUUUUACGAACUUUUCCAAAGUAAGCGGUGUUCACUCAAGCGGAAAGAUUAUUCGUCAGUUAUCGUCAUUCGCUUAAAGAGAUCUGUACCAAUUAAUGUAAAUAUGUGGAAAGAGCAUCAGUAUAUAACAAAUUAUUAUUUCUAAGUGUAAACUCUUUUUAUACGCACUAGAAUGUGAUGUAGCACCUAAGAACAAGUUUUAAUUUCUUUAUGAAUCACAUUCAGAGCGAACUCUGAAUGGAUGGUAAACAGCACCCCUCCCUCCCUUGCAGAAGCAAAGGUUGAAUAAGUGCCAUUUUGGCACUGACGAACAGAUAGGGAACUUUGGACCAUGCACCCCCUCAAAAAAAAUAAUUAAAAAAAAUCUUGACAAAGUAAAAGAGGGAUCAAAGGGAAGGAUGAUGGCAAGAUGUGUCAGUUUCUAAAUAUUUUGUCCAAAUCUAAAAGAAAAGUACAUUUUUAUUCAAAAAAGGAAAACAAUAAUUGCUUGCUCUCUUCACUUACUUGGAAGUUUCGUUACAAACCGCCAUUUUAUGUCCCCCGAAAUUCUUCGGCUUAUUACAAAACUCGCAGUUGGGGAAAACCGUAUGACGCUUACUUACUAGCUCACUUCGGAGACAGAAAAUCGUAUAGAUUUUCAGAAUAGCGUUUGAGUUAGGUCAAAAUGCUUUAUUAUUUCCUUUAACAUGAUUUCUGCUUCGAGAUUUCAUAAGAUGUGCAAGAAUAACGGUUAACAGAAAGAUCAGGGACUCUUUUCAUAAAACUUUUUACAAUAAAAAUUUGAAAUAACAGUUUUAAGCUACCAAAAUCAUUGAAAUAGAUUAGCUGACCGUAGACUAGUUAUAAGAAAUUGAAUUUGUUAUAAUAACAAGUUUAUGAAACGAGAUCCAGAAAUGUAUUGGUUGUUUCUUUUCUUAUUUGUUUAUUUCAAUGUUGAAAUCUACCUAGUGAACGGUGUUCUAGUUCAUGUAAUUCUACAUUCUGUCACGGUUAUCAUUUCAUUUGACUAAUUCUGUUUCCUCCCAAGAUGGGGGGAAAACAAAUUUCAAUUCUUUGUCAUUUUACUGGAAGUCAUUUAUAAAAGAAAUCUGUCUGUUAUGCUCUCAGAAAAAUAUAAUUUUCCACUAAGUGAUGACGACUAAAUAAGAUGUGCAACCUAACAAGGUUUGAUUUUUACCAAUACCAUGUAUAUUUUUUUUUGCUAAACACUAUUUCGAGGGGAAACUAUUUUUUUUUCAGAGUAUAUCGAAUUUCACUUUCCUCCACUUGCAUUAUUGAUAUUUCCUUAGAUAAUUUGCAAAACGAUCACAUAAUUUAAGAGCACGGGCUGUAAAUACGCGAUUGCAUUUGAACAUAAAAUUACAUCUGGUUUUAGUUGGUCAUUUGAUAAUUAAAGGAUGCUAAUUAUAUCGUAUGAAUAAGAUUGUAUCUGAUAUGUCUUAGAUAUGUAUUCAAUAUGUGAGUCAUUAUAUUGAAGCGUCUGGAAAACCCGGAUAUAAGGGUUCCGGUUGCUUUCGUUGGUGUUUCAUAUUUCAAGGGGCUUUUAUGAUUGAUCUUGUGACUAUUUGAGAGUUGAGACCGUUUCGGUCAUGUAAAAAAAUAGGGGUGGCGCCACAGCUGGGAGCAGUGGGGUGUACGCCCUUCUGCGAUAUCUUCAAAAUUAGAAAAAGAAAAAGAAAAUGGGUAUACGAAUGAAGAUUACGAUAAACAGAGUUUUGUGUCGUGUAUCUCAACAUUAGCCUUGCCAUUCAAGGGAGGAAAAUGGCGUCAAAUUUGGGUCCUCUUGUCCACCCCCCCCCCCCCUCCCCUCAUUUAACCAUUCUGAUGCCGCCUCUGUGUGCAAAAUCCAUUGUAACUGAUAAUGGUCACACAGCCUUUAAUAAGGACUAAGGGGAUUACUUCAGAAUUGACUCACAGACUGUUUGAUAUUCCACCCACGUCAUCUGAAUAAGACAACUCUAUUCAGUUUCUGUCUCUUUCAAUCUUACUUCGAUAAUCAUUUAGAAAUCCAAAAGAAGUUUUGCACGUCAAAAUCAUAUUCUAAACGUGAAUAAAAAGACUAUGACAAUCAUGCCAUUGCAAUUAGUAAACCAUCAUGAAUGUCAAGCGUUUCACUCUAGUCAGGGCCCUGGGAACAACGUUUUGAAUGGGGGUGGCUGAUGUUCAUUUUGAAAAGCAAAAAAAAAUGUUCACUACAAAAAAGAAUCAUUCGGAUUAUAAUUAUAAUUUUUGUCCACACCUUCCAAAAUUCCAGGGGGGUGCUGCCUAUGGGAGAUAAUACACGCAGCACCCCCAAGGAAAAUAGUGGGGGUGCUUCAGUACACCCCCCCCCCAUUGUCCCUGCUUCCCAGGGCCAUGACUCUAGUUUAGAUUUAAAAAAGUCCCUGUGCAUUUUACGAAGAAUUUAUAGAGAUUCCUCAAUGUUACUUUGAGUCUUCAAUCACUAGCAAACAGGUGGCGGAUUUGAACCCCCCCCCCCCCAAAAAAA